AAAGGCCACAAAGGCGCAGUCGCGCAGAAGAGAGAACUGACGAUCCGUAGAACUUAGUCCGUUACUUUUUUAUUCCAUUUUGUUCCAUCCCUUUCCCGUCCCCGAUUCGCUGAGAAUUUCUUCAUCUAGCAUGUCGUUUUAUCCGAAGCGAUCUCGAGGUGGUUUCAAUAUCGAUCAGUUGAGAUGAUUUAGAGAAGCAGGAUGAAUUUCUUGUUCAUUCGAUCGAUCACAAGAAAUAAGAAAAAAGUUAAAAUCACAGAAUCUUCCUGAGAGGAAUUGUGGAGCGUAGAGUUCCGAUCAUGGCUGUGGUUGAGAAUGCCGGAAUAGAUUUGGGAAUCAAUGUUAGUACCUCGAGUCGUGAUUUCGAAGCUGGAACUAUAGAUUUACAUCCUCUCAACGACGUCGAAGCGCUUAAACAAAACCAUUUAGGUGUUCGGAUGGCGGAUCCCAACAUGCAGCAAAAUCACCAGACCUUCCGCCCGCAUGAUCAGACCUUUCAUAUGAAAGUUCAGCAGUUUCAUCAUCAUCAACAGCAGAGGACAUCGACUUCUCCAGCGCAUGUUGGCAACCACAAGCCUCAUGUUCAGCACAAUCUGGACCAGGGACCUAAAAAUGGAGUGCAGAACCUGCUGGUGAGUGCUAUGACGACUCAGCAUGGUGCCGCAGGAAAGUCUGCAUUUGGCCAUACACAUCAGCGGUCGAAUGGUGUCGAUUUACAGAGGAACGGGGAGGCCAGUGAGGGUUUCAAAAGAGAUAUGAGGGAUUUAGAGGAAUUACUCUCUAAGCUGAACCCUAUGGCUGAAGAAUUUGUUCCUCCCUCGCUCACCAACCAUGGAUCGCUAGGCGGUAGUCUUUACACUAACAACUUUUUCAUGCACAUCCAUGGCAACGGCAAUGCCAAUGGAAACACUAAUAGACGGAAGAAAAAUAACUAUAAUCAAGGGAAGCGGAGAAUGAACAAUCGAACGAGUUUGGCGCAGCGAGAAGAUGUAAUAAGGAGGACUGUGUAUGUUUCCGACAUUGAUCAACAGGUCACUGAGGAACAGCUUGCAGCCCUCUUCAUUAAUUGUGGACAGGUUGUUGACUGCCGAGUCUGUGGUGAUCCAAAUUCAGUUCUUCGGUUUGCUUUUAUCGAGUUCACUGAUGAGGAAGGUGCAAGGGCUGCUUUGAGUCUGGCGGGGACAAUGCUUGGAUACUACCCAGUGAGGGUGCUACCGUCAAAAACUGCAAUUGCACCUGUCAACCCAACUUUUCUGCCUAGGUCUGAAGAUGAACGUGAAAUGUGUGCAAGAACUAUUUAUUGCACAAAUAUUGAUAAGAAGGUUUCUCAGGCAGAGGUGAAACUCUUUUUCGAAACAGUUUGCGGGGAGGUGUAUCGCUUGAGACUGCUUGGAGACUAUCAUCAUUCUACCCGUAUUGCUUUUGUUGAAUUUGUACUGGCAGAAAGCGCAAUUGCUGCACUUAACUGUAGUGGUGUGGUGUUGGGAUCCUUGCCAAUAAGGGUAAGUCCAUCAAAGACACCAGUUCGACCACGUGCUCCCCGCCCACCCAUGCAUUGAAUCCUCACAGGACUCCAGAUGAAUAUCAUUGCUAGAUACACCAAUACUCCUCUGGACGGGCUAUUUAAUUUAUAGUUUAGUUCCUUGCGUCGUUGCCUGGGGUCUUUUUUAAUUUAUAGGGGCUCUGGAUUGUUCUUUUUUAGCAUAUACGAUUGGGUGGAACUUCGAGGCUUUGAAAGAGUUAUCUGCAGAUGAAGGUUAACUGUAGGGAAUGUCCCUAAAACGAGUACUCUCCUGAUGUUUCUAACCAAAACGACUGAACACUUUUAAGACAAGGUGU